AUGGAUUUGAAUUGUAGUAAACGCCCCUUUAACUUUAACUAUUCGACCGAUGUAGAAACGAAGAGGCUGCGAAAAACAUCUGAUGAAAAAAAUUCAGUAAUAACUCGUUUUGAACACUUAUCCAAUGAACUUUUAUAUGAAAUCUUCGAUUAUCUUGAUCCAUAUGAAAUAUAUGAAGCAUUCUCAAAACUUAACAUUCGUUUGCACAAUCUUGUUAUUUUUUCAUCACUUCCGUUAAACAUUAAUCUUUCAUCCAAAUCAAUAUCCACGCUUGAACAUCGCUGUCGACAUGUUAUCAUACCAAAUAAACAUCGUAUUCUUUCACUUCAUUUAAAUAGUUAUGUAAUAAUUCGUGACUUUUUUACUCAUUGCAAUAUUGAUGCAUCAUUCAAUCGGCUGGAAUCAGUUGUUCUUAAUGGUCUUUCAGAAUACAGAGUUAUGAUGAUUCUUUUCUAUUUAAAUGCUUUACCUCGUCUCUUCUCAUUGACCAUUGAGAUGCAAGAUGAUUCCUUUUUCAGUAUUAGUGAUAUAUAUAGUAUAGUUUUCCGCUUACCUCAUUUGAAAUUCACCAAAAUAUCAUUUUCAGAAGAUGAAGAAUCUGAAAUCUCCAUACCAAUAUCUAUCAAUGAGCGAUUCAGCACAAUUGAACAUCUGGUCAUAGAUCACGAUUGUAAUAUUAAUGAACUUACUUCUAUACUUUCUCAUACGCCUCAUCUUCGACAUUUAAUCUCUAAAAAUCUGAUUGAAACGGAAGAAACUAUUAAAAAAGAUGUGUUGUUAAAAUUAGCUGACUUAAAGUAUGUGUGUUUUGAUCAAUGUAACAUAGAGUUUGAUGCAUUGGAAGUGUUUAUCAAACGAAUAUGUUCUCAACUGCAGAUAUGGCGUUUGAAAACAGAGUGUAAGACGAGUUAUCUUGAUGGCAAUCGAUGGAAACGAUUGAUCAGAAGACAUAUGCCGCAGUUACGUGAAUUUCACUUCGAUCAUCGUGUAGAUAAUGAUGAAAUGGAAAUUCUUCCAGAUCGUGAAUCAAUCGAUCAAUUUACGUCUACAUUUUGGACGGAACGACAAUGGUACUUUGAAUUCAAAAGUGAAGCUUUUCAAUACGUGUAUUCUAUUCAUCCAUAUCGAGAAAAAUGGCACGAUUAUUGUGAGUACGAUCGAAAUGAUAUAUAUGUGAAUGAGAGAUUGCUUCAGCAACGAUCUAACAAUCUUGAUAUAUUUCGUCGACGAGCGACUACUAGUGCAUGCCGUUCAUCGAUUUCCCGCAGCCAAUUUACAAUUGGUUUUUAUCCUGCGGAUUUCUGGAAUCUAUCAUUUAUUGAUGAUAUGAAGUGCAGUUUUUUGCAAGCACAAUUUAAUCAUUUAACUAUACAAUGUCAUGAGACUCCUGUUGAUUUGCUGAUUGAAAUUAUACAUCUAUUUCCUCAACUUAAGUCACUCGAAUUGUCAUCAUUACCACUAGUGCAUGUAAGCAGCUUGCCUGCAGAAACGACGGAUAUGUUGUUAUUGGUAUCGAUUACUAAUGAAAUUACAAGAGUAAAACUCAAUAAAAUGGUCGAAGUAGAACAAAUUCAUUUUCUUAUGAAUCUUUGUCCUCGAAUGCAAUACCUCGAGAUAGAAUGUGUUACAUAUGUUGAUCUGGAGAAUCUCUUAGGAUCUAUUUUAAUGAACAAUAGUACCCGUGUACCAUAUCUUUGUUGCUUAUCUAUAUGUGCAUUCGAUGCACAUGAAAAGAUUAUUGAACAAUUAAAUGCAAUAAUCGAGUUUGAGAGACUUUUUGAUCCCGAGAGAGCUUUUCGUGGCUACACAAUUCAACGCAUAGAUAAUAGAAUAUUUUUGAGAUGGAAAUUGUAA